GGCUACAGAUCAUUGAUCCAAGGCAGAGAGUUCGUUAUCGUUUUACAUUAUCAUUUUCUCUUUGAGUGUGUUACUUUUCGCAUCUUAAGUUCAAUCAAUAAAGCUCCAUUCACCUUCGAUUUGUUCUUAGCUCGUGUGUUAUCGUUGUUGUGUGUUAUUUCGUGUUCUUAGCUCACCAUUGCAUCUAAGUACCUAUGAUGUUUGUAUAUUCAAACUGACCUAUUCAAUUCUUCUUUUUUAUAUGUAUAUAAGUGUGCGAAUGUAUCUUUUGAUGGGAGAUUUUUUUGGUCAUUUUGCAUGCGGCAGAGAAUGAAUAGAUCAUAUCUGAUCAAUAUUGAAUCUUGAUUUCCAUGGAUGAGAGUUGUAUUCUCCUUGUUUUAUUACCUUUAGUCAUGUGGAUAAUGAGUGGGUGGUUUAAUAUCGAGUUCACGAGUACUAUACACUAGAGAGUUUUCGAUACUAUGGAAGAGGUUAAUGAUGAUUGCCUUCAUUUCAGCUUGUUGAUGUUUAGCAACAAUGUCUAUACAAAACAUUGAGAGCCGGUGUUUCCCUUUCCUUUGCAAUGUUUUUCAUGGACCAUUCAGUUUUAAUUCAUCACUUUUCUUUCAAGUUUCCUACUGCUUAUUAGCCUUAAUUAAGUCUCCCGAGGUAGUGAUGCAUUUGUUUAUCAUAGUUCAGCUCCGGCAGACACACAAUCACUCCAGUCAGCAUUUAUCAUAUUGGCUAACCUUUGUUGAUUUUUAUCUUAAGGUGCAUCGGGCGCUGACAAAGCACGAGAGAGGAAGAGGCUGUGCCAGAAGCUGUCCGUUGAUGCAUGUAUGCACACUGCACAGAAUCCUCUUCUCUGAGCAGUUUAAGAUAAGCAACGCGGAUUCCAUGGCGGGGAGUCACAGUUCCAGCCUAUGGGGCCAAACCUCAAGGCCAUUUCAAGAUGGAUAGACAACGGCAGAGAAGGACAUCAACAAGUAUUUGGAGUUUCAGAACGGCAUGGAGACGUUGUAGCCUGACUUCAACAAACUGGGCAAGCCCAAGUAGACGCCUGCAUGAACAUCCAUCCGGAAGGAAGAAACUCAGCAAGCUGACGAAGAUGACAGAUGCCAAUGACAAUGAACUCCAUUUCUUAAUUUGCUUUUGUCAUUGUUGCUGCUGCUGUUUCUUCGUAAUGCAAUAUUGACUUAAUUUUCAUUGUUAUUCAAACAAAAUUUGGUAAUAUAUAGCCGUACUCCAUUUGUUUUUAUGUUAAUAGUAAUUAUUAAUGUAACCUUUUGAA